AAUAUGACCUUCCCGCGAUCUGACCCGAUUUCUCCAGAUUUAGCCAACCUGCUGCUUCUUCUUCCUUUUCGCACAGCAACUGACAGAAGCCCCAUGACUUCCUUCAUCAAGCUCGAUGAUUCUCCCAUGUUCCAAAAGCAGGUGCGGUAUCUUGAACAGACAACGGACGAGUUAAAAACGCGUUGUCAGAAACUACACAAAGGGAGCAAAAAAUAUAUGGAUGGUCUUGGAGAAGCAUGCAGUAUGGAUCUUAUGUUUGCAGAAGUAUUAGAGGCAUUUGGUGGUGGCCAAGAUGACCCUGUGAGUGUAUCUAUUGGAGGUCCAAUAAUGUCGAAGUUUGUUACCGCUUUCCGUGAGAUUGAAACGUUUAAGGAGCUUCUUCGUUCUCAAGUUGAACAUUUGCUUGUCGACCGUUUGUCUCUGUUUUUGUCCGAGGAUCUUCAAGACACAAAGGAAGCACGUAAGCGAUUGGAUAAAGCUUCACAUGCGUAUGAUCAGGCUCGUGAAAAGGUUGCAUCUUUGAAAAAGAGUACACGGGACGAAGUUGUUGCUGAAUUAGAGGAGGAACAACAAAACGCAAAAUCUGCUUUUGAAAGGAGCAGAUUCAAUCUAGUAAAUUCUCUCAUGAAUAUAGAAGCAAAAAAGAAAUACACAUUUUUGGAAUCUCUUAGUGCAAUAAUGGAUGCUCAUUUGAGAUAUUUUAAACUGGGCUAUGAAUUGUUGAGUCAGAUGGAGCCUUUCAUUCAUCAGGUUUUGACAUAUGCCCAACAAUCUAAAGAACAGGCAAGUAUCGAACAAGAUAGACUUGCGAAGAGAAUUCAAGAAUUUAGAACAGAAGAAGAAAUGAAAGAAGCAGUGCCUAAUAGUUUGGGACAUGUUAGUGGUAAUGGUGUUGGAAUGAGUUCCAAUAAAAGUAUAGAUGCAAUAAUGCAGUCCACUACAAAAGGAACAGUACAAACCAUAAAGCAAGGUUAUCUUCUAAAACGAUCUUCUAGUUUAAGAGCAGACUGGAAAAGACGGUUUUUUGUACUUGAUAGCCGCGGGAACUUGUAUUAUCACAGGGUCUCGCCUAACAAGCCUGUGGGUACACAAUCAACAAAUUCACUUGCAUCAACUGAACAACAUAGUCGCAUGUUUGGGAGGUUUAGAUCAAGGCAUAACAGAGCAGCAUCACAUGAUGAUGAAAACUUGGAAUGUCAUACUGUUGAUCUUCGUACCUCAACGAUUAAAGCUGAUGCCGAAGAUUCAGAUCUGCGUUUGUGUUUCAGGAUUAUUUCGCCCAUGAAAACGUACACAUUGCAGGCUGAAAAUGAAGGUGAUCGGAUUGACUGGAUGAACAAAAUCACAGGAGUGAUUGCCUCUCUCUUAAACUCCCAACUGAAGCAGACACAUUUCAAUAGAAGUAAUUUCGGAAGUACCCUCGAAUCAGUUGGUGAAGAUUAUAAUAUUUCACAAGUUGAUAACAAUGGAUCUAUACUUGAUUGCACGGAUAUUAAUCCGGCAGAUUGUGUUUCUAGUAUUAUUCGAGAGAUUCCUGGAAACGAUCUAUGUGCGGAAUGCAGUAUGUCUGAACCUGAUUGGGCAUCUCUUAAUUUGGGUGUAUUAGUGUGCAUCGAAUGCUCCGGGGUCCACCGCAAUCUAGGGGUUCACUUAUCAAAGGUUAGAUCAAUCAGUCUUGAUGUGAAGGUUUGGGAACCUUCUGUAAUUGAAUUGUUCAAGAAUUUGGGCAAUACAUACUGCAAUUCCGUAUGGGAAAAUCUACUUCAAAGUAAUAGCGAGGAUGGAUCACAUACUAUCGGAGUUAACAAACCUAGCCCUAGAGAUGCGUUUCAACAGAGGGAGAAGUACAUCAUUGCAAAGUACAUAGAGAAACGCUUAAUCCCUCAACAAGAAACUGCCACUAGUACUCACGCCACCAGAAUCUGGGAAGCAGUUAAAAGCAACAAUAUACGAGAGGUAUACCGCCUAAUUGCCACAUCAAAUAGAAGCAUCGUCAACACUACAUACGAUGAGGUGGAUGGUGCCGAUUUGUUUCACGAACAUGAUUCUUCCGAAGGUUCUAAACCCGCCGAUCCAUUAUCCUGUCAAAAUAUGAAGGAUCCUAGCAAGCCCGAUAGCUGUCUUCAAGGCUGUACAUUAUUGCAUUUAGCGUGCAACUUAGGUUAUCAGGUGAUGCUGGAGUUACUGCUACAGUUUGGUGCUGAUAUAAACAAGUCAGAUUACCAUGGCCGGACCCCACUUCACCAUUGUAUCUUCUCCGGAAAUAACAAACUGGCAAAGUAUAUGAUCAGAAGAGGGGCGGUUGCAUCAAUUAAAGAUGGUGGUGGACAGGGUGCGCUUGAACGAGCUAUGGAGAUGGGGGCAAUUACCGAUGACGAGUUAUUAAUCUUGCUUUAUGAGGGCAAAUGAAGUUUUAACUUACUGUUAAUCACAUAGGUUGCGUGAGAAAGCGGUAUACCCACAAUAUUUUUUGACACAAGUGAAUGCUGAGGAUGAAAUGUGAUAUCUGCGUACUUAAAAUGACUGCAAACCGUGGUUGUCGGUUGUAUUUGUGAUCUAAUACUGUGUUUCGUGUUGUUAUCAUGUCGAUUAGAUAUACAAAAGGUUUUCUUGAUUAGGAUUUGGUUGUGUAUAUUUGAGAUUGAUGCGUAUAUUGUAACCUUGUUUUAUGUUAUAAUGUGGAUGAUGUUUCUAUUGUUGUGCUUCAA